ACGGCCGCAUAAGCACACAGUCCUUCUUCCUAUCGUGUGUCUUCAAUACGAUAUCAUGAAAGGUUUUAACUUUUCUGCAGUAUCUUAUUCUAAAAUGAUAAAUAACGCUUCAAACUCAAGCGUAGGAAGCUUUGGAACAAAGAAACGAACACGAACACGAACACGCUAGUCGUUUUCUUGAUGGUCUUUUUCUGUUUAUUGCAAUAAUUUCAAUUAUUUGCAAUGCUUUCGUUGUCAUACUGUUUGCCAAUAAUAAGAAAUGGUUAGAGAAAUCGUAUGGUAGACUGGUACUUAGUUUGGCAACAGUUGACUUAUUGAGUGCAAUUUUUCUCUUCGCAACACCAUUGGCUGUUCAUCAUCAAUUCAAAAUGAUUCAACCAAGGAAUGCAAUAAAAAGGAUUCUAUACUGUAAUCUACUAUGGUCUCAUUAUAUAUUAUUUUCCUUUGGUAUCACCUCCAUUUAUACAUGCCUAGUCCUCACCAUAGAGCGCUGGAUUGCCGUGUCAAGGCCACUGUAUGCCCGCAAGUACAAAUCGACGAGAUGGCACAAGAUAAUGUGGCUGGCGUUGCCCUGGAUUGUUGGUUUCUCCCUUGAAGCUAAUAUUGUCAAUGAAAUUCAAAUAAAACAUUAUGAUGACGGAUAUUUCUCCUGUCAAUGGAGAACUCAAAAAGGGGGAACGAUCUCAGCAGUUUUGGCAACCAUAUCCUUCCUUGGUGGAAUGAUUGCACCUUUAUUUAUUAUUUCUGUGAUGUAUGUACAUAUUCUCAUCACUUUAAGAAGAAAAAAGACAAUGAACAGAGAGGUAUACCUAGGUCCAAUCCUACGUGAGAAUACUCAACGACCAACAAAUCCAGCCUUCUAUAAAAUCGCUCUGAAUCGAACCAUACGGAUGGCCGCCUGCGCAACGUUUGCAGUGUUGAUUUGCUGGUUACCAAGUCAAACCUACUCACUCAUCGCUCAGAUAGGUUACGCUCGCCAAGAAUCAACUCUUCAUCAGCUUCUCAAUCUUCUCGCUUUCUUUAAUUCGUGUUUAAAUCCAGCUCUUUACGCUUUCACAAACCGAGCAUUCCGAAAGAGAUUUUACCAUCUUUUCACAAGAAUACCUUGUCAAGAAGAUUCAUCAAGCGAAAACAUUUCCCUAUAAAUUAAAUUAAAUGUAGUCAUUCAUCACAGUUUCUACAUUUGCAUGUUUAAAAAGAAUUCUUCAAAAGAUAUAUUACAGUCAAUAAAAAAAGUUAAAUCCUCUCAAUACCUUAAAAAUCAAUAACAUCUUCAUUGUACGAGUCUUACCAAAGAAAUAUAUAAAUUAGCAGUUAUUGCCAUUGAUCAAGUCAUAGGAAAGUAAAAUAUUUAAAGAAUAAAGCUACAAGUUAAAUUAAUCAAAUAAGCAGCAAAUAAUAAUAAUGUAUAAA